CAGAACAGCUGAAGAGGCUAACUUUUGUUCGGCUCCACUUCCUGAAUAAGAGGUAGGGGGCUUAUGGAGUGGGUUGUGAAACCUUCUAAUGCCCUGAGUCUAUUUUUGAUCAAUGCAGAUUUAAGAACAUUGCUAAGCAUAGUUCACUGAAGAAUGUGAGGACCAGGCCCUGUUCAUGCCUUUCACUGAAUUUGCUUCUUCAAGAAGGGAGACUAGAGAGAGGAGUUUCUGAAGUACCUGGGAUGAGAUGACUUUGGAUAGUCCCAACAACAGCAUGAAGUGCAGCAGCGAUGGCCAGGAGAGGUAAGACGGCGCCGAGGACGCUGGAGGACCUGACGCUGGACUCCGGGUAUGGUGGCGCGGCCGACUCGGUCCGCUCGUCCAACCUGUCGCUCUGCUGCUCCGAUUCCCAGCCGGCCCACCCCUAUGGGGGGACCUGCUGGCCGCGUCUAACUGGCUCCAUGCCCAGCCGGCACAACAGCUUCGACACCGUCAACACCGUCCUGGUGGAAGACCCGGAGGGGCUGGACUGCGCGGGGCAGCACUGCCCCAGGCUGCUGCCCGACCUCGACGAGGUGCCCUGGACCCUGCAGGAGCUGGAGAGCCUGCUCCUGCGCCAGAGGGAGGCCCGGCCGGGGAAGGGGUCGUCGUCGUCGUCCUCGUCGUCGUCGUCGUCCUCGUCGUCGUCGUCGUCCGGCCCGGCCCGGGAUGGUCCUGCCGGGCUGCCCCGGGACGCCCUGGCCCGGCUGUCGCUGCUGGUCAGCCGGGCGCUGGUGCGCCUGGCCCGGGAGGCGCAGCGGCUCAGCCUGCGCUUCGCCAAGUGCACCAAGCACGAGGUGCAGAGCGCUAUGGAGAUAGUGCUGUCCUGGGGGCUGGCGGCCCGUUGCACGGCGGCCGCGCUGGCCGCCCUGUCCCUCUACAACAUGAGCGGCGCCGGCGGCGACCGCUUCGGCCGGGGCAAGUCGGCCCGCUGCGGCCUGACCUUCUCGGUGGGCCGGGUCUACCGCUGGAUGGUGGACAGCCGCGUCGCCCUGCGCAUCCACGAGCACGCCGCCAUCUACCUGACCGCCUGCUUGGAGACCCUCUUCCGCGACGUCUACGGCCGGGCGGCCGGCGCCGGGCUGCAGCAGCCGCCCCCGGGGCAGCCCUCCCCCGGGCAGCCCUCCCCCGGGCAGCCGGCCCCCGGACAGCCGCCCCCCGGGCAGCCCCGCGGACCGUCGGCCGACAAGGAGCGGGACGCGUCCGGCGGUGGGAGCCUCGGCUGCCCCCCGGCCCCCCUCCAGCCCGCCCACGACCCCCCCAGAUUCAGCCUGGAGACCCUGGAGCAGACGGUCUCCAACGAGCCGGACCUCUGGGGGCUGCUGCAGCCCUACCAGCACCUCAUCUGCGGGAAAAACGCCAGCGGAGUCCUUUGCUUGCCAGACAGCCUGAGUCUUCACCGAGACCAGCAACGGUCAAACAAACCAGGAGAAGUACAGAUGUUCAGCCAGUCAGAAUUGAGAACUAUAGAACAGUCUCUGCUCGCAACCCGGGUUGGGAGUAUCGCCGAGCUGAGUGACCUGGUGUCUCGGGCAAUGCAUCACCUCCAGCCUCUCAACUCAAAGCAAUAUGGCAACGGCACCCCCAUGCACCAUAAGCAAGGGGCAUUAUAUUGGGAACCAGAAGCCUUGUACACCCUCUGUUACUUUAUGCACUGUCCCCAGAUGGAAUGGGAAAACCCGAACGUGGAACCUUCCAAGGUCACACUGCAGACUGAGAGGCCAUUCCUGGUGCUCCCACCUCUGAUGGAAUGGAUCCGGGUAGCCGUGGCUCACGCCGGGCACCGCCGCAGCUUCUCCAUGGACAGCGACGACGUUCGGCAGGCCGCCAGGCUCCUGCUGCCAGGAGUGGAUUGUGAGCCCCGACAGCUAAAGACUGACGACUGCUUCUGUGCUUCUCGAAAACUGGACGCCGUGGCCACCGAAGCGAAGUUCAAGCAGGAUCUGGGCUUCCGAAUGCUGAACUGCGGACGGACGGAUCUAGUGAAGCAGGCCGUGUCUCUGCUGGGACCCGAUGGAAUCAACAGCAUGAGUGAACAGGGCAUGACCCCUCUGAUGUAUGCCUGUGUCCGGGGAGAUGAAGCCAUGGUCCAGAUGCUGCUGGAUGCCGGAGCGGAUCUGAACGUGGAGGUAAUCAGUACUCCUCAUAAAUAUCCAUCCGUUCAUCCUGAGACUCGCCAUUGGACAGCUCUGACAUUUGCUGUGUUGCAUGGACAUAUUCCUGUAGUCCAGCUCUUGCUGGAUGCUGGGGCCAAGGUCGAAGGCUCUUUAGAACACGGUGAGGAAAACUAUUCUGAAACCCCUUUACAACUUGCCGCUGCCGUAGGAAAUUUUGAACUGGUUAGCUUGCUGCUGGAACGAGGAGCUGACCCCAUGAUAGGAACAAUGUACAGAAAUGGAAUUUCUACAACUCCACAGGGUGACAUGAACUCUUUCAGCCAGGCCGCAGCACACGGACACAGGAAUGUGUUCCGCAAACUGCUUGCUCAGCCAGAGAAGGAGAAGAGUGAUAUCCUGUCCCUGGAGGAGAUUCUGGCUGAGGGAAGUGACUUGGCGGAGACAGCCCCAUCUCCGCUGUGUGCCAGCCGCAACAGCAAGGCAAAACUGAAAGCCCUGAAAGAGGCCAUGUAUCACAGCGCUGAACAUGGAUAUGUGGAUGUAACAAUUGACAUAAGGAGCAUAGGCGUGCCGUGGACUCUGCAUACGUGGCUCGAAUCUUUGCGAAUUUCCUUCCAGCAACACCGGAGACCUCUCAUCCAGUGCUUGUUAAAGGAGUUUAAAUCCAUCCAGGAAGAAGAGUACACAGAGGAACUUAUUACCCAGGGGCUGCCUUUGAUGUUUGAGAUAUUGAAAGCCAGCAAGAAUGAAGUGAUUAGUCAACAACUUGCAGUCAUCUUCACACACUGUUAUGGACCCUAUCCCAUCCCAAAGCUUAUUGAAAUCAAGCGCAAACAGACUUCACGUUUAGAUCCCCAUUUCCUUAACAAUAAAGAAAUGUCUGACGUUACCUUCCUGAUAGAAGGAAGACCGUUUUAUGCCCACAAAGUGCUGCUGUUUACGGCAUCUCCGAGGUUCAAAGCACUACUAUCAAACAAAACUGCAUCUGAUAGCACUUGCAUAGAGAUCAAUUAUGUGAAAUAUCCCAUCUUUCAGCUGGUUAUGCAGUACCUCUACUGUGGCGGGGCUGAGUCGCUGCUCAUCAAAAACAACGAAAUAAUGGAGCUUUUAUCUGCUGCUAAAUUUUUCCAGCUUGAAGCUCUGCAACGUCACUGUGAGAUCAUUUGCGCAAAAAGCAUCAACACAGACAACUGUGUGGACAUUUACAACCACGCCAAGUUUCUUGGAGUCACGGAACUCUCGUCAUAUUGUGAAGGCUACUUUCUCAAAAAUAUGAUGGUCCUCAUUGAAAAUGAAGCCUUUAAGCAGCUUCUGUAUGACAAGAACGGAGACGCAACAGGUCAGGAUGUACUACAGGAUUUACAGAGGACGUUGGCGACAAGAAUUCACUCCAUCCAUUUGUCAUCUUCGAAAGGCUCAGUGGUAUAAAGGAGAUAACGCCCUGAAAGGUCUCAAACAAAUUCCCUUGUUGCAUUUGCGUCUCGUGAAUAGGCAGAAUUCCACCCGGCAUCCGGUUUUGUGCUGGGCCGAGGGGCUGCGUCCAUAGCUUGGCUUCUCUUGGAUGAGUGGAUUCAUCCAGGUCCCAUAUGCAGUCUACGUCGGGAGGACUUCCUAUGUUACGUGAAUUACUGCUGCGACCUGCUUUUGAAGAUAAACCUGUGGGCAUGGAGCCGCCAAUGCCAACAGAAUCCACCCCCAUGGAUAGCAAAAAGCCCUUGAACAGCAAAGCUGGGGACCCCCGUCAAUUAUGAAAUUGACAAAUGGAUAACUUACCGGUUGUUUUGUUCUAUGUUAUCUAUUUAAGAACCAUGCUGUACCCAUCACCGAGACCAUCAUAUUGUGCAUUGAAGAACUUGGUUGUUGCAACUUGGCAAGAUCUGAUUGUGUUAGAGAAUUGAUAGGACUCUUAAGCUACUAAGGAACUAUACUGGCAAAUUUUUAGGGGUGGGAACUUUUUAAAAUGUUCAUAAUAAUGGGCAACCUUGUAGUUUAAAAUAUAUUUCUAAAGCUUGAAAGUUCAUUUUCAACAGAACUGGGUCUAAGGGUAUGCGUUUUGUUGGUCUUGUGUUUUGUUUUCUUUUCAAAAACAAAGAUCCACAGUACUUACUGGGUAAACAUACAUCUGACAAGAUUUUGCUGGAUUCUUUCAAAAGGUAGUAAAUAUUAGCUUGCCUCCGGGGUCACUUACAUAAAAGAGGCACACUGCCAAGAAUUAUCUCUGAUUGCAAUAGCUGUAAACAAUUUGCAUGCUAAUUGUGAGUUGGGGUGUAAAAACACCCACUAUGACAAAACAUGCAUUUGCAUGGGACUGUAUCUGUGAAUGUUCUGUUCGUCCUUCAUUUUGCCAAGAAAGCAAUGCAAUGUUACUUCUGCUGAAACUCCAUUUUGUGAAAUUCGCAUCUCAGUUUUUUCCCUAGUUUAAAUGAGAUUUUUCCACGGAAAUGUAUUUGUAGAUGCUGAUCUCUCUUUUUUUUUCGUUCAUCAGAAAAUACUGGAGCAUUACUCUGUUCUAGGAAGAUGUCAAUACUCUGCUACUGGCCAGAGAGUGUCAAUGCUAGCUUAUUUUUAAUUAUUAAUAUGUAAUAUAGAAUGAUCUCUCGUAUCCUGGGAAUGUACAGUAUAGAUUUUAUCUGUUGAAAGUUGACUGUCCAGUUAUUUUGCAAUGUAUUGUUAGCCAGCGUUUUAAGUGCCACAAUAUUCCUGACAUCUUGUAGUUUAUACCUUUCACUGCACCAUUGAUUUGAAGCCUAGUAAAAGGUAAGGGAAAUACUCUUCCCUUUUUUUGAAGGUGGAGUUACAUUACCCUAUUUAUUUGCUAGCGUACCUUUGGAGAAUUGUGCCCAGAUCUUACUUUUUGAAGAGCUUUAAUUUGUAGUGCAAGAUAACUUUGGUCCAUUGUUAAGAGUAUUUAUGUUUGGUGCUAUUUCUUGUUUAUGGCUUCUGGAAUGCUCAGAUCACACUCCCUCCAUUAUUUAUUAAUAUGCUCGGGAGCUACUCUACCGCGUGUGCGAGUCCUCCCUUAUGCUUGGUUGUUUGAAAGCCGAUCCGGCACCGUCAACAAAUGACACCGUUUACUAAAGUGCAAGAACAUUUAAGUUUCACAGAUGGAGCAUGACAGCCUACCCGUGAGUCCUCAGAAAACAUCCCGCCUAUUCCAUGUCCCAAAAAACACCCUCCUAAAUGUUUAGCUAAAAGCGAUGUAUUUUUCUGUGAAUAUUUAAUGUCGCAAGAGAACCGCCAGACAUCGAUCUCUGCAGCGGCAUCUCCCUGUGGGGCUUGAUAUUAGACAGUUUGGUGUGGAUUCUCCAGCAGUUCAUUUUUUACCAUGCUGCUAACACUUUGUAUUAUAAGAGCAAAAACCACCCAACAGUUCAGACGUGGGUCUCGGUAUGAAAUUGGAAAAUCCUCUGUUGCCUCCUCUCACAUCACCCUAUGGGGAGAUAAAAUACCGAGGGCACCGCGACUUCUGGGGUACAGUCGAUUGCCGAUGGGGUGUGGUGCUUCUCAUAAGCGGACGACUGGUUUGAAAUGCAUUUUUUGUGGGUUUAGGGGAAUGCUGUCCUUGGGUGGGUCCUUAGGACGGUCCAUUCCGUGGGUCUGCUUACUGUCAUCGGAGACCGGCAUUCCGCUCUCCCGCCUGCCCGCAGUUAGUGCGAUUGGCCACGUCGUCUGGUAGAGUGUUCUGGGCUAUGGAGUGGCUGCCAGGAGGCACGUUGCAGUUUGUGUUUGGGCAAUGAGAGGAAGGGCUAGGAUGGAUGGGAGGAUAUGCUGCCAUCAGCUACCAAUCAGUUGUCCAGCCCCCAUGGUUCUGGGGUGGUCUAAGGCUGAGAGCAGAUAAACUCAGGUGUUGCUCAGCACAGCGUUCCCCUGCCGUGAUCCUCAUCAGAUACAUCUCUCUCUGGCCACUGGGGAAACAUAGCCACCUCUCCACAUUGAGCUUUCCCGGUUUAUCUUCGAAGGCUGUUGAAUCUCGAACAGCAAGGAGGAUCUAACAGUGUAGACGCCCGAGGAGUUGCCCAUUCGGAGGACGCCCAUCACACGGAGUCCAGCUUGUCACGAUGAGUGAGGUGGAACAUGGGACUGGGGCGAACACUGGGCCCCUUCCUGAGAUCGAAACUGCUCCCAAAGGAAAGCUUCCGAUACGCUGCUACGCAGGAGCCUGUUGCUUUUGGGGAGGCGACUAAUGGAUCCAGGCGUCUGGUCCGAAGACAAUUUACGGCCGGUCGCUGGGAGGUGGGACAGGGCCAGGGUCUCUCCUGAGCCUCCUUCUCCACUUUGAAGAUCCACACAUCUGUACUAGACUCUCCCCCACAAUCAGUAAAACUGUACUUGUGGAUGAAUUUGAUUUUCUACCUGUUCGGUCUUGAGUAGUGUCUUGCCAUCUAAUGCCUUUUACGGGGACCAAAGCCAAAAGUGAUGGCCUGUGUGGAUUUUUUCUCCAGUGCUAUGUUUACUAGAAAUUGCAUUGUGCUCAAAUCAAAGGUUUUGUGGGGCAGGAAGUGUCUUGUUACUGGUAGAGUUUCCAGUUCAUUUCCUCUUCACUGCUAAUAAUUAUAAUUAAUAAUAAGUAUGGUAUUUGUUCAGCGCUUACUGCGUGUCAAGCACUGGUCUAAGCGCUGUCCAAGGAUUGGCCUUUAGAGACAAUCAGCAAACCUGCUCUUAAAGGUGACGUGGGGUUUCUCUGUCUGUCACCUUACGGUGGAGUCUAAGGUCUGUGGUGAAAGUGAGAGAUCCUGUCGCGUAGGAGAGAUGUCAGGUGGAAUAGAGAGCAUGAACAGGUUUUACAAAGGUAAGACCUUCCUCACUUCCAGAAACUCUUCCUACUUUUCUCCCUUUCUGUCUUAAAAGCCUGAGGAACUGUCAGUUUCCCUACAUCCUUGCAUGUCACCCAUCAUAUCGCAUGCUGUGUGCAAUUCCUAAUCAUUAGUUCCACAGGCCAUCUUAUUACGAGGUGUUCUGUUAAAGGAGAAAUCUCUAAGUUUAGCUCUCAAUUCAAAAAGACAAUCAUCUCGUUUGACUAGGCAAAUAAAAUAGGCACCUGAGCACAUCGGACAUCCUUAGAAUGCUUAUUUUCAGAUUAACUUUCAAAUGGCUCCUAGAUUUUAUAUCUGUAUAUAAAUAUAAAGAUAUUACUCUCUACGCAUAUAUACGUACUGUACAUAGAUCUUUGGUUUUGAGAAUAAUAUAUCAAAUCACGGCACUACCAGCUACAGUUCCAUCAUGCUUGUAAGAAAAUAAAUGGUUUUCACAUCUGAGCAUGUUAGGUAUUGCGAAGCUGAGACGGUUUAUCUGUUUAUUCUGUUACUUCAAGAACUGAUCGACUUGCGAUCGCGUCUCAUGAAAAUCAUGCAUGACUUACUCCUUCCGUGGCUAUAUAUCAAAAGGAGAAACUAUAUAGAGUCAGAUUAUCCUUUCUGUAUUGAUGUUGUGGCCAAUAGGCCAUUGCUCUUAACUGUUAUAAAUGAUGUGAUUUUUUUCUUUGA